AUGUCAUUUUUUGCGUCAGACUCUGUUUCCAAUCUUUUGUUUAAAGGAUGGACAAUAUCAACUGCCGGACGUAAGCAAUGAGCUCUAAAUAUUUAUUUGUAAAAUUUUAACCAUUGUUGAGGCUAACUAGUAAAUGUAAUUAAAAUAAUAUAGAUAUUUUCACCAGACAUUUAUCAUAUCAGGCAAAAGAAGUGACACUUUUUUACAUUGCUGUGCUGAAAUACAAAAUGUUCUGUUUUAAUUAAGUGUUUGAAAAGACUUUGUGAGUAAGCACAGCAGGGGUACAAAUUAUUGGUAUAUUCUCUGACUAGGGAAGGGGACAGUUCUAAUGAGAUAUUUUUCAAUACCAAAAAGAUCUCUUAAAUUUAGUUCAAAGAAGUAUAUCCCUUGAGUUUUAAUCAUAUUGUGGAUAUUGAUAACUUGUUUAUUAAUAUAAGUCUAGACCGCUACCUGUCGACGGACAUAGGGUGCCGGGUCUGGUGAGCCAACUUGCUACAUUCUAUCCAGGCUAUUACACUAGUACAAUGGUAUGUGCCUGAGGGUCACAAGGUUGUGACUAAGACGAAAAGUAUGUCCCGUGAUAGUCAUAAGACUAACACUAGCCUAUCAGAUAGCCUUACGCAACUUUCCAGGGUGUAUCAAGUUAGUCCGAUACAACCAGCAGUCAUAGCUUUUACACAAGCGCAUCUAUCGCAGCAAGCUUUAUUACAACUAUCGGGUUUUAUAUUUCUCUAGGCUUAAAUUUCACACUCAGAACACCUCCUCUGAUUCUCCCUUAAUUCUAUUAAGAGAAUACUUUUGCAUACCUGCACCCUUCAAGAGAGGGGGGAGGGGCUGUAAUUACUUGCCCUUAAUGGAUCGAAAUGCGCAAUAAAAAAUAUAUUCAGAAAUAACUGGUCCUUACACCUGCAGGUCUUUAUGUUGUUCUCCAUGUCAUCAAACACAUAAAACAUGAUGGAUAACCUAACUUAAAGUCCCUUAAUGAAGCUUGAAAGGGAAGCGCUAUUUGAAAAUAACCAAAAAACAACUAUGUGGCUGUCAAUCGAAAAAUUAUCUCUGUUAGGUUGCAAUAAAUUCUGUUUAAAGUGCAGGUAAAAAAAUAAAGAAACUACAACAACUGCACAAAAGUACCAGAUGUUACUCUUAAUUUCAGAAAUGGCUGGAUCCUGCAUUGCAGUAGUUGUACUAGCUAUUCUGUUUGAGACUCUGAAGUCUUACAAGCACAACCAACAAAAACCAUGCAAGGCUCACAGUGAAACAACUCCACUGAUUCGCCGGCUAAAACAGGAACAUACCAGGUACAAUUAAACUGCUAAUAUUUAGAAAUUAUUGGAGGAGGUUGAGCAAAAUAUUGUGAUUGUUAGUGGCAAGUUAAGCCGCAGAUCAAUAUCAUUGAUCAAUAAUUGAUCUGCGAGACACUGACAAAUCACGAUAUUUUGUGAUAAUAAACCGAGCUCAUUAAUGUUUUAUCAUUCAAUAUCACUGAGUUUUUUUUAAACUCUGAAAGGUCAGCGAAUCGAUCAACCAUUUUUACUCAAAAGUGAUUGCAAGGAGAAAAGCUUGGUUAGGUAUAACUCCCAUAUGUAAGGCAUGUAGAGGUACUUGCCACAGAAUAAGGUGGUAGGUACUAAACACAGGUCAGAAGUGCAGGUCACUGCUCUAUUGAUAUAUAACUGAGAUAAGCAAGUUCCUCUUGAGCGAAAACUCUAUUUUGGAUUGUGAUUAGGUCUAAGAGAUGCUAUUAGUGUUGUUAAUUUACCAUAGCAUGGUGACCUGUACUCUAACCUGCACUUGUGACCUGUGGUCUUUAACCUGUAUUUUAUACCUCCUGAGGAUCCAGGUAUGGUUUUGCAGGUGCUCAAGUCUUAAGUUGAAAAGGAUAUCCUUUUUUUCGGUGAUCCUUCAAAUAUUAUACAUAUAAAUAUAUAAUAAAAAUAGUAGGUAAGGAGCUGUAGAAAAGGCUUUAUACUCAUGUGGGCGGCUCUUACAGGUUAUGACACUGAUGAACUAAUGUCAAUCCCUGCAGACUUAAGCAUGGAUUUUGGGUUUGAAUAAAUUCAUGCUAGUAUGUAAUUAUAAAAAUUAUCUCUCUUUUUUAGUAAAAUUGAAGCCAUUUCUCACCUCAAGGAAACCCUUCUGUACCUAGUGCGGUUUAUUGUUGGAUAUUUUCUGAUGCUGGUGGCCAUGACAUACAAUGUUUGGUUGUUCCUGGCUGUUGUUGCUGGCUGUGGCAUUGGUUAUUUUUUCAUACACCCAAACAUGGAUUAUUAUCUUGCACGGCGCAGAGAAGGUGUAGACGUUGUAGAUUCAGCCACUUUUUAAUUUGUAUGUGUUCUAUGUCAUAAAGCUAUCAUGUUUUAAUGGUAAGUUCUUUUCUGGGCCUGAUUGCCUCUGCUAUGUUUUUUCAUGUAAAAAUAAUAUUUUUUCCCUAGUCAUUUGUAGUCUUGGGGAAUGUAAAUAGCACUAAUGAAAUAGGUUUUAAACAAAAAUUUGCAUAAUUAUGCUUAAAAUGCAUUGAUAAAAAUUAUUAACAGAAAGCUUUACAGACCUUUGGCCUCUUAGUUUCUAAGAUGAGCACAACCCCUCCCAAUUUUCACAGAAAACAAGAGGAUUAAUGAACCAAGGAACUUCCUAGCAGUUAAGUUCCCCCACUCCUACUAAUUGCAUUUAACUGGCACCUUGAAAUCUUAGUGAGAGCCCUGAAAUAGAUCAGAAGUGAGAAAAACAAACAGAUUUUGAGAUACAUCUAGCUACAUCUACAUGUGAUUAUCUCCCAGGGCUGUGUUGUCAGGGGGGGAGGGGGGUCAACCUGAGAUCAGACUAUAGGUCUCUUUUAUUACCGGUAGUUUGGUAAUUAAAAUGCCUGUUGGCAACCACAGAAAUGUACACUGGGGAGUUAAAGAUGCCACUACGGCAACGGCAACGAGAACGUCAAAAAGCAAGUGGUUAAGAUUAGCAAAACAACAACUCUGCACGUGCAUCACACUUCUUUGUACAUUUCUUUGCCGUCAAUGCAUGACUACGAGGUGAAUUGCCUAAUUUCAUGUUUUAUUGUGGUUGUCUUUACACUAGGCUGUUAAGUAAGACUUAAGAGCUGCUAAGUUUUACUUAGCCAAAAAUGCGUGUGUGAAGGCCUAAGUAAAAUCUCAAGUAACUUUAUUUUGUAUCUCAUUUAAGUCGGAAACUUGAAACGGAAUCAAGAAAGUUUCAAGUGACUUGAAAACCAUCUUUAAAAUCGACUUAGCGAACUUGCGGUUUCUAAGCUUUGAGAAAGGCGAAGCAUGUUAAUCAAUCUCAAUUACGUUGCGUGGGAAAAUAGGCUUUAGUAAACCUGAAGUAAAAAAGAUCGGUUGGGUGUGAAGCUUUCUUUUACUUGAAGAAUUUAAAAUUUACUUGUCUUGAAAUAUUUCUUAGCUUAAUUAGGCUCCAGUGUAAAAACUACGAACGUGAACAUACGUCGACGAAUCUAGUCUUUUACUCUUUGUAAACCUGGAUAUUUUUCAUAAGAAUUCAACUCCAGUAGAGUUAACCUACAUAAAACAUAGUGACCGAGUUGGGAUAAUCGCGCUUAAGUUUCAUAGAUCGAGAAGUCACUUUUUAAGCGACGUUUUUGCCGCCCGUAGCCGUCGUGGUAUCUUAAACUUACUGGUAGAAAUAAUGAUAUAGUGAUGUAAUAAUAUUAUUGAAUGUGACAAGACACUGCUUCUCACGUAGUGUUUUAAUUUGUGUAUUUUGUAUUUUUAUUUGUGUAAAGCAACAUAUUAUUAUAUCUUUCAUUUUCAAACCAAAAUGAAUAAGAAAAUUGUCACGUAAUAACAAAUAAACUCUUAUUUAAAGGAACAAC